CCUCUAAUUCCUCUCCCCCUCCUUCCCACGCCUAAUUCACUCCACCCUCACUUCUCUCUACGCCACUCAGACUCCCCCAUCUCCCAACACUGUCAAUCUCUCUCAUCCCUUACUACUCUGCCUCUCCCAUCUGACCCCGCUCUGCAACUCUCCUUCUCCCUCUCAGCAAAACCGAGAACCACCACCAUAUCACCUCCAAACACCACCCAAAUUCACCCAAAAAUAGAUUUCCAAGAAACGCAGUGUGCGAUGCCUGUUCCGUCUUGAUUUAAGAAGAUUUGUCAAGCGACUGUAAUUUCAUGGUAACCGUCUUCAGUUUUUUGGUUUGAACGCUGGAACCAGUGAUCUUUGAAAAAGAUCAAAGGGAUCAAGGCGGUGGAGGAGUGGGUUAAUGGUUAUGUGUUCUUCUUGAUAAUUUUUUUCGAUUCAGUAGAUGUAUUAAUGGAACGCUGGCGUGGAGUUUUAAAGGUCCCGUUGAACCCUAAUGCCAGGACCUGCUACCAAGUUGCAGCAUCUCUCUGCCUAUCACCUUCUUCCAACACACUAACUGUUCCUUCAGCAAAUGUCAUAUUUUUCAAUGGAGAUCGAGUGGCAGGAACCAGGAAUCCAGUGAUCGAGAGGCUAUCUGACUUACAAAAUAUAGCUGAAAUACUGGUUUCAAAGAUUGGUGGUUCAACCAAUGCUUGGGUUAUUGACGCUUCUGUUUUCAAUGGGCCUUUUGCUGUGUAUCGGGACUUUAUUCCAUCUGUUAAUCAAUGGGGAGAGCCAAAAUCGUACUGCCCUAUUGGAUACCCUGCUUCUGGGACCAUUAUUUCCCUCCUGUCAAGGUGCCUUGAAGAGGUGAAGAAGGACAAUGCGAUACAGAAAGAACAACUCCAACAAGGAAUAUCCACAUCGCAUAAUCAAACCAAAACAUUACUUUUUGGAUUUAGUAAGGGUGGUACUGUCCUUAACCAGUUAGUUACUGAACUUGGGUUCUUGGAUGUCAAAUCCUCUGGAGGUGCAUCACUCAUGGAGGAAAAGCAUAUUGGCGUGGAAGAAGGGAUUCAUAUCGUACCUAGUACAAAAAAAAGCCUUUUAAGCAGCAUCAGAGAAAUCCAUUACGUCGAUGUUGGAUUAAAUUCACCUGGUGCAUAUGUCACUGACCAAAGUGUGAUUGAGAAAAUCUCAGAACGCCUGAUACAAGGAGCUGCAGCAAUCUGUUUUAUCCUACACGGGACACCGAGGCAAUGGCGUGACAACAGGCGAGCUUGGAUAUCCAAAGAAAAAGAACAGUUGGUUCAUCUGCUGGAGUCUGAAGCUCAGAGAAGUGGAGGAAAAUUGCAGUCCCACUUUUCGGAGGCAAAGUCGAAUUGACAGUCUGAACAAAAAGAUGCUGGAGUAGUCGAAGGUGAGCAAACUCCAUCAUAAGGUGGCGGCACUGGCGAACGUAGUGGGAGUGGGUAUGAUGACAGUCAUGAUGGAGCGUCCGAAGGCAAGUUCGAACCAAGAUAACGAUACAGCAAUGGUGUACAUGUGGGAGAAGAAGAUGAUAGGGUAUUUAAGGGUGAGUACAGACCAUAUUGAGAAGGGAUCAGAGGGAUAUUAGUGGGAUAAAGUGGAGUAUAUAAAGAAUAUCGAUUAUCAUAAGGAGAUGGCCAUGGAGUGUAAGAGGGAAAAAAUGGUGGUGCAUCAUAAUAAGGUGGUGGCAAUGGAGUGUAAGUGGGAUAUGGUGAUGCCGGCCCAGUACUGCUUGAAGGCGUAAAUGGAACAAAAUAAGGAGGCGGAGGAUAUCGAUACAACAAUGAAGUUAAAGCAGGAGAAGAUGGCGGAGAAGGUAGAGGCAACGAACUAAAAGUAGGAGAAGAUGGAGGAGUAGUUAACGGUGAGGAUGGAUCACAAGAGGGAGGCAACAAAGUAAAAGCGGGAGAGGAUGAUGGAAUAGGUGAAGGCAACAGAGUAGUUGACGGCGAUGACAGACAACAAGAAGGAGAGGGCAGUGCAGAAUUGCUUUCAGUGGAAUUAGGGGUUGCACAAGGACUGUAAGGAAUAGUUUCCCAAGACGAAAAAUCGUCAUUGUCAUCGUCAUCACUCAGCUGAUUAUCAAUACUUUCCCAGGAACAUAAAUCAUCAUUCUGAUCAACACCGACCGCUUGUUCAGGAUCAUACGUUGCUUUUGGUCCGGGGAUUGCACUCUCUGGCUGGAGCAUAGUAACAGGAAUCGGUACCGGAUGUCGGUUUUGAAAACCGGGAUUGAAUUGUCCCGUCCUCUGCAUGUUGGAAGCCAUGAUUGUGAAACAAGUUGAAGAAGUUGAGCACCACCAAUUCGACAAAUAUUGAGUAUAAUAUUGUAAGUUUUGGGUUUUUGUUUAUAUAUAUUGAAUAACUUCAGGGUUUAUGUAUGUGUAUAUAGGGUUUUCCUAACCCUAAUCCACUUGAAGAAAGGAGUCGAAGGGUUUUCCUAGACCUAGUCUAUCUCUACUUUCUUACUUGCCCUAAUCUCUAAAGACUUGGGUUUGGCCGAAGAUCUGACAAGUACAUGGGCUAGGUUAACAUCUUGGUCAGAUGCCCCCACAAUAGAACGAGUUUAUUUUCAUGUGACAUGUCAACUUAAUAAUAUUAUAUUAUGUGGAGAAAAUUUUGUAAUAGCAUUGUUUUAAUAUUAAACCCUUAUGUUGCAGUGACGGUGAACCUGUUCA